AAAAAUGUAUUGACAAAACUCAACAAAAAAAAAUGUCAGUUGAACAUUUUUGCCGUCUUUGUGCUACAAAAUUUCCUCUAUCAUCGUUAAAAGAUCUUGAAGAGUUACGAAAUGAGCAAUUAGACGCACUUAUCUUACAAUAUUUACAAAUAAAAAUUGCCGAACGUGAUGGAUAUCCAAACACAGCUUGUAAACUAUGUUGCAAAACACUCUCUAAUUUUCAUGAAUUCUUAAUUAAAGUGAAAAUUGCUCAGCAUAAAUUACGUGGUACCAUUGCACAUGGAGAUUAUAAUUCUGAUAUUAAAAUUGAAAAAGAAUUUAACGAUUCCGGUCAACCGAAAAUUGAAACAAAAUUGGAUGAAACAGAUAAAAAUACAAGUUUAUUUCUUCCGGAUUAUCAUACAACUAAAUCCGAUAAUGUUAAAACCGAAGUAGAUUAUGGGAACGAUUAUGACGAUACGAUUGAUAACUUUUUAAAUGAUUUUACAAAUGAGGCAUACGAUUCAGAACCAAUUUUGGAUAAAACUGAUACUAAAUCUGAACAAGACGACCAGAACAUAAACGAUACGAAUAAAGAUAAUAUUACUACAAAUGAUCAAUUAAAUACAACAGUAAAUGAUGAUAAAGAAUCAAUAAUUAUAAAAUGGAAAUGUUAUAAAUGUGAGGCACGUGUACGUACUGCCAAAUGUUUACAAAAACAUUUCGAUAAACAUCAUAAAUGUAAAGCGGAAUAUGUGUGCGUGGAAUGUAAUGCAUUGUUUGAUAAUGUACCAGAAUUUGAAACGCAUUAUUAUGGACAUGAGAAAUUAAAACAAAAUACGUAUUAUCGUAAGAAGUAUUCGUGUGAUGUAUGUGGAAAACAAUUUUCACAUGCUUCAAAUUAUAAAGCACAUCGUAAUAGUCAUUUAGAUACAAAACAAUUCGCUUGUGAACAUUGUGGAAGAAAGUUUAAACUCAAACAGCAAAAGGAAGUUCAUCGUUUAACUGUUUGCCUUAAAGCUGCCAAUACUAAACCUGUUUCGAACAGUGAUGACUCUAAUGAUGAUGAUACCGAUUUAAAAUCGUUAAGUAAUUUAGAUGAACAAAAUCAAUCAGAAUUAAAUGAUACAAAUAACAUUGAAUUAAAAACUAAAUGGAAAUGUAAAAAAUGUAAACAAUAUUUCCAUAGUGCAUACAUUUUACAAAAACAUUGUAAAGCUAUACAUGGUAUCAAAAAUAUUGGUCAAGUGUGUACCGUAUGCGAUGAAAUGUUUGAUGAUAAUGACACGUAUGAGGAUCAUUUUAAAACGGUUCAUGGUAUAUCGAGUAAGAAAACUGGUCCAUUUUAUAAAUGUGAAGAAUGUUCGAAACAAUUUAAUCAUAAAUCGAAUUAUUUAGUACAUACAUUAAUUCAUUCCGGAAUAAAACCAUUUGCAUGUAAGGAUUGCGGUAAAAAAUUCCAUUUAAAACAAAAUUUAGUUGGACAUUCACUUACUCAUUUAGAAUCACGUAAAGAACUUAAAUGUACACAUUGCGAUAAAGUGUGUAAAACUCAAUACAUAUUAGACAGACAUUUGAAAACUCAUAUUCCAGAGUAUGAACGAUAUAAAUACAAAUGCGAAGUUUGUAGCCGUAAAUUUGUUGCUUUGGAAAAUUUAGAAAUACAUUUUGAAAUAUCUCACAAAAAUAUCGAUUAUAUUUGUGAUCAAUGCGGAAAAGUGUUUAAGACAAAAAGUUUAUUAUCAGCUCACUCAAAUAUACAUAAAAAUUUAAGUUUUAAAUGUCCAUUGUGUCCUAAAGUUUUUAAAAGUACAACAGCGUUAAAUUCGCACAAAUUAACGCAUGUUGAAAAAGCGUAUGCUUGUGAAGAAUGUGGCAAAAAAUUUAGUCAAAGAAGACAGUUAACAGUACAUUCGACAGUACAUACAAAAAUAUUACCUCAUGAAUGCAGCUAUUGUAAAAAACGUUUUAGAAGAAAAUAUUGUUUAACGGUGCAUGUUCGUCAGCACACGGGUGAACGACCAUACUCGUGUACGGAAUGUAAUCAUCAUUUUGCAAACGAUUCAAAUUUUAUAAAACAUUUAAAGGGUCGUCAUGGCUUACAGAAUGUUUCAAUUGCGAAUAAACAUCGUUAUCCGUUUGAUGAUUAAAAUACGCUUUAAUAUUUUAUUGAAAAUA